AACCUCUCCACAUGUGACUACAGUGUCCAUUUUUGGAGGAAGAGCGGCACACUCGGUCACGGUUGGAGUUCUUGCCCUUUCGUUGGGAUUAGAGAUGUAAAAUAAUAAUUAUUCAACCGUUAAUGCGUUUUUUGUUUGUUACAUAUAUCUUCCCCAGUUUAUUUAAUCUCAUUGUUGAUCGGAUUUUUUCCCCAUUUAUUUUUCGUGUGGACAUUUUGAGAUACUUUUUUUUUUAUUUCUAAACUUUUAUUUCUAAAAUGUCAACGUUUGCUCGCGUGUUUUUGUAGCCUACCUUCGUCUAUGGAAUCAUCUUGGGGAUAUUAGAAGUAGCCUAACGGACAUGGAGGAGUUGAUCAACUUUUUCCCACACAAGGUGCCUUUUGUUCGUGAAUAAGGCAGCGUGCUUUUGGAAGACUAGACCAUGAGGGAACCCAUCGAGCGCACAACUGUCGAUUAGGCGACUGGUUGCUUGAGAGCGUCAAAAUACAAUGAAUGAAGCAGCCGUCUAUACGAUGGAAAAUACAACAACAACUCUUUGAAUAGGCAGCGGGAGUCUGGAGGAGAGAAGAAGAUUGGCAGAAGCUAUUAAGAAGACAUUCCGUGACAGCAGCAGAUCCCGGCACAGCUACAUCACAGAAUGAGGAUGAAAUACACAAUCUCCCUUGUCUUCAUUGUGGCACUGGUCAUCAUUGAGAAGGAAAACAACAUUAUCUCACGGGUUUCAGACAAGCUCACCCCAAAGCAGACCCCCCAGACACCCCUUCAGCCCAGUAACUCUGCCCCAGCCUCAGCCCUGGGUCUCCUGAAGUUUAAUGGCUCCUCCUUCACUACCCUGAGCAAACUGGACCCUGUCUUCACCAUCAUGAAGAGACGCCUGGAGAACUACACCGAGCAGAGGUCAGAGGUCAUAGGGUCAGCAGGAAACAGAAAGCACAUCCUCCUAUUGGCCACUACGCGGACAGGCUCCUCCUUCGUGGGCGAGUUCUUCAACCAGCAGGGAGACAACAUGUUCUACCUGUUCGAGCCGCUGUGGCACGUCGAGAGGUCGCUGACGUUAGAGAGCGGCGGGACCAACGCCACAGCCGCCGCCCGGGCCUACCGGGAAGUCCUCCAGGGGCUCUUCCUGUGUGACUUCACCCCUCUGGAGAGCUUUAUUGACCCACUUCCUGUAGACCACGUUACCUCAGCCCUGUUCAGGAGAGAAUCUAGCAGCUCUCUCUGUGAGGAGUCCGUCUGUAGCCCGUUCGUUAAGAAAGUCUUUGAACGCUACCAUUGCCGGACCAGGAAGUGUGGUCCCCUCAACCUGACCAUGGCGUCCGAGUCAUGCCAGCAGAAGGAGCACAGGGCCAUUAAAUCCGUCCGGGUGCGUCAGCUGGAGACCCUGAGACCCCUCGCUGAGGACCCUCGUCUAGAUAUCAAGUUCAUCCAGCUGGUGAGGGACCCCAGAGCUGUUCUGGCCUCCCGCAUGGUGGCCUUCUCCGCCAAGUACAACAACUGGAAGAAGUGGGCCGUGGACGGAGACGUGCCCAUUGACGACGACGAGGUGAGGAAGCUGAAAGGGAACUGCGACAAUAUCAGGAUGUCUGCGGAGGUUGGCCUGAGGCAGCCGUCGUGGCUGAGGCGGAGGUACAUGCUAGUACGGUACGAGGAUAUCGCUAGAUUCCCUAUGAGGAAGGCAGCGGAGAUGUACAAGUUCACCGGGAUCCCGUUCACUCCUCAGGUGAAAGACUGGGUGUUAAAGAACACCCAGGCUUCCAAUGAGGCUAGUGGAGUGUAUUCAACACAGAAGAACUCCUCCGAGCAAGUAGAGAAAUGGAGGUUCAGCAUACCGUACAAACUAGCCCAGGUGGUGCAGAGGGUUUGUGGACCCACGAUGAAACUGUUUGGCUACAGGUUUGUGAACAGUGAGGCCAUGCUGACGGACAAGUCUAUCAGUUUGAUCGAAGAAAAGAUUUUCAUACAAAACUUUUCAUAGACAUUUUACAGUAAUUCUGAACUCUGCUCAUCAGACAAAGUGGACAAACAGAUACGAUUAUGAAGUGAUAGUUGUGAGGAUAUUUAUUGGGGACUGUACUAGUAUACCACAGAGUAAUGUAUAAGACCCUUUAUAGAUAUAUAUUAAAUGAUAACAUGUUACACUCCAGGGUGUAGAAGGAAAUACACAUUUUGUGUGUAAUAACAAUAAAUGAAUACAAAAACGAGUACUACCUUUUAACUUUUUACAGGGACAUUUAACAAAAUAAAAUGUUUGUUAUAUGAGUACUACAUGGUAGAAAACCCUUGUUAUAUAAUUACUACAUGGUAGAAACCCCUUGUUAUAUGAGUACUACAUGGAGAAAACCCUUGUUAUAUGAGUACUACAUGGUAGAAACCCCUUGUUACAUGAGUACUACAUGGUAGAAAACACUUGUUAUAUGAUUACUACAUGGUAGAAACCCCUUGUUACAUGAGUACUACAUGGUAGAAACCCCUUGUUACAUGAGUAAUACAUGGUAGAAAACACUUGUUAUAUGAGUACUACAUGGUAGAAAAGUUGUUUGUUAUGCACCUUUGCCACCUUCUCUCCCCAACUAAUUCAAGCUUUUUAAAUCUGGUUGUAGGGUGGCCAAGCUUGUCCUUGAACAGUUUCCCUGUUGAAGUGUAUUUUUGUUCUGUCAAGCAAGCCACGGGUUAAUAACAGUAGCUGAUUUUGAACUGAGCUGAAGAGAAGGGAGUUAAAUGAAUGGCUUGCUCUGUGUGUGUGGACAGCAAGAUACUAGCAGGACAUUCCAAUGUUUUGGUCUUGUAUUUUCUAUAGCGUUUACCUAUAAAGAAGGGAUGUUCUUUCAUGUUAAUUUAAUAUAUUAUUUUAUUUGUAUUGAGAUUGAGAGAUUAUGGCUAUGGCUUUUGCACAUGCUACAUAGAUGGAUAGUUUUAUCCUCGCUAACUGAUGGGACCCCUUACUUCCAGACCUGGGUUCAAAUAGUAGUAGAAAUCUUUCAUACGGUUUUAGCAUUUGCCAGGAGUGCCAUAUGGGCGGGCUUUGCUGUUUUGAGAUUAUUCUAUUGGUUAAUAACACCAGCUAAAGUAUUUGAUAUGAUUUUGAAUACUAUUUGAACCCAGGUCUGCUUCAUGAACACAUCGGCUAGGUGAGUGAGUAUCUGUACAUGCAUGUUACUGUUUUAGUUUUAAUUGGCUGUUAGUGCUUCACGUUGUGGAAGUCGACGGUGAGCGUAGCGACUCACUCUGUAAAAACAGAUGUCUUCAGUGGUCCUGUAUGUACAGACAUUGUGUGUCCCAAAAGGCACCCUGUUCCCCAUAAUGCACCAUAGGGAAUAGGCACAUACAUUCCUCCUGCAGCUGGUUUGCAGAAUUGUGUGAGGUUUAUCAGCAGCUUUCUGUCCUUUGACACAAGUCUCCUGGCUGGUGAUGAUGGACGAGAAGAGGACCAGGGGACUAAAAGACUGGGUGUACGUUCCAAAUGGCAUCCUAUUCCGUAUAUAGUGCACUAUUUUUGACCACUACCCCAUAGGGCUCUGGUCAAAGGUAGUGCACUAUGGAGGGAAUAGGUUGCCCUUUGGGAGGCAUUAUUGUUUUGUCUAUAUGUAUGCCUAUGCUUUUUCUCAUUCUGGUGUUAAGUUAAAUCCUUUGCUUUUCAUUUCAGUGGAAUUCACUAUUGUUGUGUGUGGUUGUUUGGCCUUUUACUGUACAAGUAAAUUGAAUACUGACAAGUC